UUGAGGCAAUGAAACCGAAAUAUUAUCUGGAUUCUUACGCAAUGCUUUUGCUCUCAGCGCUCUUUGUGGACGCCGUCUAUGUAUUCGAAUCUGUAUAUCCACAUAUUGCCCAAGCAUAACCAGCUCACAUUCCAGACCGCAGCCGUUUGCAAGAUGACAAAUGCCAUUUGCGAGUCCAGAAAUGAGUCGUGGGUAACCAUCGAGAAGUGCCGAUUGCGUGCAGUUAGCCGCACCAAGACCCCUCUAACCAUUGAGAUAAUGGUCCUUUACCCAGCCUAUGAAAUACACGUUAACGCCCAGCUGCUGAAGAAGGCGAACGGCUAUAAGCCCUGGUUGGUCAACUAUACGGCCGAUGCUUGUGCGUUUAUGCGCCGGGCCAAUCAUCCCUUUAUAAAAAUCAUCUAUGAUUUGAUCAAGGAGUAUUCGACAAUCAAUCAUACGUGCCCCUAUGUGGCCAGGCAGAUGCUUAAGGACUUCAUCGUUGAUCCAGCCAAAUUAAUGCUACCCUUGCCAAGUGGAGAAUAUCUGCUGCUACUCACCUGGAUGUUCAAUAAAAAGCCGCAGUUUGUGACGAAUGUUUACUUUACAUUUCGAGAUUAACUAUUGGCGGCACGAAAUUUCGGUAUGGCAGCCACGGUUAAGUUUACGAAUGCCGUCUGCGAGACGAAAAACAAAACAUGGGUCACCUUCGAUCGUUGCCGACUGCGUGCGAUAAAUCGCAAUAAAACUGUGCUGAAUGUGGACUUGAACUUUCUCCAUCCGGUGCACACGGCCGACCUCAAUUUUCGGAUGCAGAAAAAAGCGAAUGGCUAUAAGCCCUGGUUGGGCGAAUAUACGGUCGAUUUCUGUGCGCUUAUGCGCAAAUCCAAUCAUCCGGUUAUCAAAAUCCUAAUUGGCGUUUUUAAGGACUUUUCAACGCUCAACCAUACGUGUCCCUAUGUGGGCAAGCAGAUUCUCAGGGAUUUUUACUGGGAUCCCACAGACUUAACGGUGCCUUUACCAAGUGGUGAAUACGCCGUGCUGCUCACUUGGAUUUUCGAUAAGAAGCCACAGUUUGUAACGAAGGUUUACUUUACUUUCCAUCAGGAUAUAUUCAAGGACUAG